GGACCUGUCCACCAAUACAAACAAAUAUGUACAUUUCCAGUUUGCUCGGCUUCGGUGCUUGAGUUCGUAGCACUGCCAAAGUCACUCAGUAUCCCAUCUCCGUCGACAGUGGGAGAGCUCCGCCUGAGCAAUUUACCGCAGCUUAACGAAAAUCUCCUCGGACUUUCGACAAAACCCGUUCAAGGUUUUGAUGUCAAAAGCGAUCUGUUUUCGCGUCCACGAGCUAUCGCAGUCGUUCGUAUUGACGGAAUCGACUCUUUAUACAGCAAAAGUCACCCAACCUAUCAACUUGAGAAUGUUAGUACCUUACUGUUACGAAUCGCUAAAAGCUUUGUGUUUUACAUUUCGGACAAUCUCAGGACAAAUUCGAUCCAUCUUCUCUUGACGAGGAGCUGGCGAAUUUAUUUGGAGUUGAUCGCGAGACUGUUAACAGUAAACCGUGAUGGUAGCAGUGGAUCUGAAAUCGCAAAGAUCGCCGCCAAGCAAGAGAUCAAAGACGAAAUAAUCAAGACGAAACUGCCACUUUUGCGUCAAGAACUUGAACAUGUUCAUCGCCUGGCUGCCGCUAUUGCUUCCCAAGGUCCAAAAUUCGAUAAAUCUAAUGCGGCUGAUAUCUACCGAGUGACGAUAAGUGGUUUGGCUGAAAAAACACUUACUGCCGAGGAUCGUGAGGUUGCAGUAAAGGACGUGCAGAACGCAGUCAACAAGCUCACACAAGCAUUGAAAACCGCAUACGGAGAUCAGGCCAUUGUUGAAGUUGUGGCCAUUUCCGAAGCAGUAAAGCCGUCGAACCAUCACGAGGAACAAUUACUGAUAAGGAAAAAGAGAGCUGGAGAUGUGCCUGACGCGGAUAAAAAUCUGAAGACUUGGCGUGAACAACUAAAUGUGUAUGUCUUCACGUCGACUGACUAUCCUGCCAUAUUUGCUAUCUUCGCUGGAUUAAUCAUUGCCUUAGUGCUGGCUGUCUUGUAUACCGUUGUUGGAAUGAUGAGCAUGGAUCCAAGUAAAGACUCAAUCAUCUACCGAAUGACAACGACUCGCAUGAAGAAGGCGUGA